AUGCUCUCGGAUCCAGUUAUUGAUGUGGAGGCCAGUGAUGACAGUCCGGGAAAUGCGGUCAGUUCUCCACCACUGAAUCCCAUUCACCGGUUUAUAGCAUCCAUACCUGAAAAGGUACCGGCGUUUGGUAUACUAUGCGCUCUAUUAGGAGUUACAAUAUGCGUGUUUCAAUUCAUCCCAUACUUCAUCAUAACAAUUGCCAAAAGGUACCCAUUUUUUGGUCCACCGGGAAGUCGUUUAGAUCUGUUCCUGCGGUGUGUAUCGGGUACGGCGUCGUUGGUCACCCUAUACAUGGCAUUCAGGCUAAUGCCACUGUCGGACGCCAUGACUCUAUACAUGUCAUCGCCGGUAUUCGUCACCAUUUUUGCCUACUUUAUACUCAAAGAGCGCAUAACUGUUGUACACGUGACCACCGGUACGAUCACAAUCAUCGGGGUAUUCAUCAUAUGCCGGCCCGAGUUUCUAUUUGGCCACAACAAACAUCACCACAAACACCACUACGAGCACCGGCUAAUAGGCAUAGCUCUGUCCAUAGGGGCGGCCAUCACGUCGGCCUAUUCGCUCAUAAAUCUACGCAAACUCAAGUCAACACCCGUUCCUGUAAUAGUCAUGUGGUAUUCAAUAGCGGUGGUAGUGAUUGGCAAUUGUGUGCUACCAUUCCUGGACCGGUGGGUACUGCCCCGCGAUCUGUACACGUGGUCACUGUUGGUGGCCAUCGGGGCGGCCGGUGUUGUCAAUCAGAUGUUUCAGACAAUGGCCUUUCAGUACGAGAGUCCGGGCCCUAUAUCUGUAACCAGAAGUUUUAAUAUAGUGUUGGCCUUUAUCUGGGAAGUGGCUAUUUUUGUGGAGCCCAUAGCCUGGACAUCACUGCUCGGGGCGGCGCUUAUAACUGUUUCGAUAGUCAUUAUUGCCAUUAAUAAGACUUAUAAAAUGGGUCGACGAUUAGUGAACCUAAUGUUGAGGAAAGUGUUGACCAAAGCAUCAAAGCGCUAUAGGUAA